ACAGGGCAGGGGCAGGAAAGGAGGCGACGCCGCCGGCUGGCAGGAGCACCGACGCGCACCAUGCCUUCCUCCUCCUCCGUCAACCCGGAGCACGGCGCCGUCACCGCAGCCCAACACCUCGCCGGCAACGCUGGCAAGGAAACCAGGGCCACGGGCGCCGAGGUCUUCGCCUCGCUCCUGCGCACCCAGGAGCAGGUCGACGCGCUCUGCGAGCAGUACGGCGUGCCCAAGGAGUUCACCGCGCGCCCCGCCGGCGACCUGCCCGCGAACUCGCCGCCGCCGCCGGGGGCCAUCUGCGUGUACGCACGCGCGCUGGAGGCCGGGAUGCGCGUCCCGCUGCGCGGCUUCUACCGCGACGUCCUCGCCCACUUCGGCAUCGCGCCGGCGCAGCUCACGCCCAACGGGUGGCGCUUCAUGGCGGGCUUCCUCGUGCUCUGCCAGUCCGCCGGCGUCCGUCCCUCGCUCGCGGUGUUCCUGCGCUUCUUCCACCUGUCCAUCAUGGAUCAAAAGCACGAGAAAGGGUGGUACUUUUUCCAAUCCAGGCCGGGCAGCUCCAGCUUGGGCUUCACGGGGUUGCCGAACGGGAGUUGCAAAUCCAUCGUGCGCUGGAGACACUACUUCUUCUUCCUCUCGUCACCGGAGCCGUGGCAUUGCGCCGUGGAGUGGGGCGAGCCGUCCAAGAGCUCCUUCAGAAACCUGAGGCUCACCGCUGAGGAAAGCAAAUCGGCGGUGAAGCUGCUAAGUGCUUAUGGUGGCGCCGCUGUUGAUCUCAGGAACCUGCUCCCUGCUAGGUGCUCAGGGCGGCGCCGUCGUCUCUACAAUAGCAACCCCGCCGUUAGUGCCGCCGGCGCCGUGAUAACCACAGCAUCCCCGCCGCCGCCGCCGCCUUCAACUCACUGUAUGAUGAAGGUGGCCGCGCAAGCGUCGGCGUCGAAGAAGAAGAGGACCUGGGAGGAGGCCAACGGCAGGGAAGAGCCUAGCAGGCACGACGGGCAGCCGCUGGAGCGCGCGUCUGCCGCGAACGAGCCUACCGACGACGCAGCGAUUUGGCAGGCCGCGAGCUACGUGAUCGAGCUGGAGGAGAAGCUGGUGGCCCGGGAGCGCGACGCCGCGGCUCUGCGGGAGCAGCUGGAGGGGGCGAAGAAGGAGCUCGCCGCGGCGAAGCGGGCGGCGGACGCGGAGCGGGAGAAGGCUGGGUCCGAUCUCGCCGCGGCGGGAGCAGAGCUGGAGAAGAGCAAAGCCGAGCUCGCCGCGGCAAAUCGAGCGGUGGACGCGGAGUUGGUGAAGACAAAAGCCGAGCUCGCUGCGGCUCGGGCGGAGGCGGCCAAGACGAAGGCCGAGCUCGCCGCCGCGAAGCGAUCAGCGGAGGCAGAGCUGGUGCAGGCCAAGGCCGAGCUCACCGCGGCGAAGCGCGCCGCGGAGACGGAGCUGGUGAAGGCGAAGGCCAAGCUCGCCGCGGCGGAGGCGGAGCUGGAGAGCGCCAAGGCGGCAGCGGUGCAGCAGCUCCUGGCCUCCGAGGAGCAUGUGCGAAAGCGGGCGGAGGAGGCGCUGGAGGGAUACAAGCGGUGGCGAGGCCGUCAAGCUCCGGCUGGCCGUGCUGCCUGAGUACGUUGCCCGCUGACGGUCUUUUUGGAAUUUGAAACAUUCCUUCUCUAGAUGGCUAAAUGAAGAUCACGAACAAAACUUUAGCCUGAAACACUCUAUGCGCUUACAACACUCUGCACCCGUUGCUAGGUGAUUUUCUUGUUCCAAGCUCAGGUGACAAUUGACAGGGGGGUUCGUUUAUUGGUGCAUGUAAUGUUCGUUUUUUGCGAUGUUAUAAGAUCG